AUUUUGGGUGUUAUUCGCAUUAUUAUAUAAACAACCAAUUUAUGUUAUAAACAAACGCAUUGCUUUUAUGGAUUAUCCUAUAAAUUUGAAAUUUUUCAUAAAUUUGUAUUCAUAUACAAAAAAGCUUAGAAACACAAAUUUAUGUAAUACAAUGUAUCUUUCAUAAACGUUAACGAAACAAACAUAAUUGAAAUAAAAAAAAGACUAAUAAUUUGAAUUCCAGAUUCCAGUAUGACAGCUGAGCGUCAACAGCUGAUUGCACGGUACCACGUGUCCCCUUUUCUCUCAUAAGAAUUUCUCAUUUUAUAAUUCAACAAAUAACUUCUAUCGUAUAUACGUGUAAUAUAAUUCUAAUGGAGAGAAAAAGAGCGAUGCUGAUGGGGGUAUCGCUGGCACGUGUGCGUAAAUAAAAACAUAAUGCGUGCCGUUUAUCGUGCGUGUCUGGUUCGUCGUGUUUUCUUUUCGCGAAAGACUGAUUCGCGUCUCUUAGAAGCAGCUCAACUUAAUUCGAGUUCAGUCAGCGGCAAUCGAAUCAGCAGUAUGCGUCGUCGAUGCACGUCGCUUCAACGGUACGCGAUACGAGACAAUCUCGCCUGAGCUAUCUUGCGGGUUACUUGCACUCGGAUGACCUGCGGUGCGAGCGACGAUUGUCCUCGCAUUCGUAUGGCUGCAAAAAAUCGUAUUCUGGACAUUUUGUGGAAUACAUAAAUGACUAAAGUAAUGUGAGAAAAAUGGUAAGCAAUUUACCACAAGAAUUCAGAAAAUACCAGCGGAACAGGAAUCAGUUACGUCAGAUAUUUGAGGAGACACAACGUACAUUGGAAUUCAUAAAACUUGAAAACUUUUUCCCUGGAGAGAACAUUAUUGAGGAAUUAUUGCCUCCUGCAGUUUUGAAUAGAGUGACACAUAUUCUUGAUAAUUCUCCAGCAAUAGUCAUUUUUGGACAAGAUAAUAAAUCCAAAGCAUCGUUGCUUAAUAAAUUACUUUCCCUUGAUAUUUUGCCAUUGUCUAAUGAUUCAUGGAGAUGGGUCAAGAUCACUUACGGUCAUACAAAUCAUGUCAGUCUCACGUUAGGUUUGGAAUAUGAAGUAGUUGAAACACUAAAAGCCAAUGAAGAAUCGUGGACUACACUUCCCAUCGAAGAUCUAGCAAAGUCAAUAAGCGAAGACAUCAAUUGUCCAACAGUGUUGGAAGUAAAAUUAAAUCAAGCAAUAUUGAAAGAAGGUGUUCAAAUAUUUGUUGUUCCAAAUAAUGGUGUGGUAAAAAUUCUCGCUAAAGGUUCACUCAAGAUUUUACCUAUAUUUCUUUAUGCUCUUGGCGAGCAACCAUUGACUGAGGAAAAUUUGGAAGAAUUGAAAGAUUUGAAGGAGACUUAUCCAUAUAAUCCAAUUCUAUUCAUAUCUUCAGUCGCAAAUAUUUCAUUGGAUGGCACAGACGCGGAAUUGACCGAGUCUGAGCAACAUAGUUUACAAAGUCGGACAGAAGUGCCAAACGUUUCUACAGAAUCCAAAAGUAAUGAUAGUAUUAAUAUUGACAAAAUGAAUUCACUCGGUCUAAGAUGGCUAGAUCAAUUAAGUAGUCUAGGAUUUCUAGGCAUGGAAGAGUCUGUGGAAGUUCAUCAGUUAACGUGGCUUGUUGGCGAGCAAUACGUUAAUAACUCGAGUGAUUUAGUGGAUUCAUGCAAAAAGACAGAUCGCGUUUUACAUUUUACAUGUGGCUGCUUGCAAAGCUAUCUAAUUAAUGCUAGUACUUAUUUGAAUGAAAUACACACGACUAGUUUACGUAAAUUUAUUUUAAGUGCAUUUGACAUGGCACGAAAAAUACAGAUCACUCCUAGAAGAAUACAAUACGCCCAACAAAAGGAAAAUGAACUUUAUGCCAAUCUAAUGAAGGUUGUUAAUGAGCAGCAAAUGGAAUUAACAGAGCUAAUGCAAUGUAUUAUUCAGGAAAUGAAAGACGAUAUAUCAGGAUCUACCAGUGAUUUUCUUCAGUAUCAGACUGUUCUUUUUGAUAAUAAUGAACAUACAGAAUGGACAGUUACUGUUCGCGUUGCAACGUCGGAAGUUCAACGAUUCGUGCUGGGCCGUUUGGGCGAGAAAGUUGCAAAGGAAUUCGUAAACUCGGUCAAUUGUCUUCGAGAGACCUUUAUCGGAACGCUUCAACGUUGUUUAAUAAGUCUCGAAAAGACUUACGAACACGACAGUAAUUUGUUAGCCAGUGAUGCCUUAAAACAAAUACUUUCUGCAGCAUACAAUGUAGAAUUACACAAUUCAUCACCAUCCUUAGUACAUUCAUUCUUAGAAAGAUUAAGACAGCUCUUUAAAUCCUUACCGUUACCAUGGACACCUACUCCGACUUUGAAUGCAGCUUGGAGGAAGAAGAUUACUAUCGAUAUUUUAAAUUCCUUAUCAGCGGCUAGAUUAGCGAGGACAGUUUCCACGCAGUUCAGAGACAAGUUAAAAUCCUCUCAUGACGCUUUUCAGACUGCCCUAAAGUCUCUGGAGAAUUAUUACUCGGGGAAGCUGGAGAGGACCGAGGAACAGAGGAUAGCUAUACGAAAAUAUCACGCGCCCAAACUAGCCAAACUCGCGUUAGAAUCCACAUCAAUGAUGGAUGCGAUUUGUUUUGGGAUUCCUCAAUAUAGCAAGGAGAUUGGCAGAGGACAAUACGGUGUAGUGUUUGCAUGCGAAGGUUGGGGUGGAGCACCAGGACCAUGUGCGGUAAAAUCCGUUGUUCCACCGGACGACAGACACUGGAACGAUCUUGCGAUGGAGGUUUACUAUACCAGAUCGAUACCGGAUCACAAAAGGAUAGUGAAGCUUCGCGGAUCGGUCAUAGAUCAGUCGUAUGGUGGAGGAUUCGGACUGGGCGCUGCAGUUCUCUUGAUCACCGAUCGUUUGAGUCGUGAUUUGUACUGCGGUAUACAUGCUGGUCUUUCAUGGUUGGAACGUAUACAAAUAGCAAUAGAUGUAUUAGAAGGAAUACGCUAUCUUCACUCACAAGGCCUGGUUCAUCGAGAUAUUAAAUUAAAAAAUGUCUUACUUGACAUGGAGAACAGAGCUAAAUUAACUGAUCUCGGGUUUUGUAUUACUGAAGCUAUGAUGUCUGGGAGUAUCGUGGGAACACCAAUUCAUAUGGCACCGGAACUUUUGUCUGGUCAUUACGAUAGUAGUGUUGAUGUCUAUGCUUUCGGCAUCUUGUUUUGGUAUAUAUGUGCUGGGAAGGUUCGAUUGCCAUAUGCAUUUGAGCAAUUUCAUAACAAGGAGCAAUUAUGGACAAGUGUACGGAAAGGUCUUAGGCCUGAGAGAUUGUCACAUUUUGACGAAGAAUGUUGGACGUUAAUGGAACAAUGUUGGUCUGGAGAACCAUCCAAACGACCAUUGCUUGGUGCUAUUCAACCAGUGUUAGAGUGUAUCCAACAAAAAGCAGAAAGAGGCAAGUCCUUACAACAACUCUCCACAUUACAAGAGAGUUCAUCAUCUGAACAAACAAAUUCUGCGCUAGCAUUAGCAGAGCCUAAUAAUCAAAGAGGUGCUGUAUUUAGUCCGCUUCUUCCUAAACGAAAGGCUUUUAGAACUGUGAAUCCUGUCAUACCUUUCCACACAACCAAAUUUUUCCAAAUGACUGUCUAUUCUCAUAUGUUUGUUCAAAUGCGAGAAUUUUAGUCAAUAAUUGAAUAUAUUCAUGCUAUGUCAUAUUCUGUUAAAUAUAUAUAUAUAUAUAUUUAUUGAUAUAUUUAUUAAUUGGAAUGCGCUUGAUAUAUGGCUGAUACAUUCUUAUUUUCUGAUUUAAAAUUAUCUUUAGUAGUAUUUUUAGUAGUAUUUAGCACAGUAUUAAAGUGGCGAACUUUAUGUAUAAAUUGCAUUUUUUUUUUGCACAGAACACAGCAUAUUUAUGCUCUUUUUUUAUAAAGUCACAUUAUUGAUUCUUGCA